AAUACUUCCUUCUAUUAAAUUUCAAAUUACUUUCACUGCAUGUCAUUUCUCCCAAACCAAACAUUAGUAUAAAUAUUGACCGGCUGGUAUAAGCAACCGGUUGUUUGUGACCUUAGAUUAGGAAAGUUCACAGACCAUGGGAAAGUUUACUUAAAAGUUUUGAGGUUAGGUGUGAAACAGCCGAAAUGCCCUCUUGGACACAAAUACAGUCCCAGAUGAAAAAUCCUUCUAAUCCCGUCGUAUUUUUCGACGUGUCAGUGGGAACCACAGAAAUUGGUCGAAUGAUCUUUGAAUUGUAUGCUGAUGUUGUUCCUAAAACUAGCGAGAAUUUUCGUCAGUUUUGCACGGGUGAAUAUAGAAGAGAUGGGGUGCCAACUGGAUAUAAAGGUGCUAGCUUUCAUCGUGUAAUCAAAGACUUUAUGAUACAAGGAGGAGAUUUCGUUAAUGGUGACGGGACGGGAGUCAUGAGUAUUUACGGUGGAGCAACAUUUGCAGAUGAGAAUUUUAAUUUAAAGCACGAUGCACCUGGUCUUCUUUCUAUGGCAAAUAGUGGCAAAGACACAAAUGGCUGCCAGUUCUUUAUCACUUGUGCAAAGUGUAAUUUUCUUGAUGGCAAACAUGUUGUAUUUGGGAGAGUGAUUGAUGGACUGUUGGUAAUGCGAAAAGUAGAAAAUGUACCUACCGGUCCCAACAAUAAACCUAAAAUUCCUGUUAAUAUUAUACAAUCAGGGCAAAUGUAGGUUAUUAGAAUAAGUACUGUAGAUAUGUUUUUACACAGUAAAUAAAUUCAAAUUUUUAUACUUUA